UCUCUUUUGUUGCUUUCGAAUAGAACGUUUUCUGAUAUUUCUUCUACCAAGUUUGGUUUCCAUUCCACAGAACUCGCUUCUUUUGUGUACGUAAGAACACCCGUAUAUGAGCUCCUAUCCAGGUCAAACAAAAGACGGUCGAAAACUUUAGUGAAGAAACCCAGGACAAAAAAUUUAUACACAAAUCACGGAUACAAGCGAAACGCUCAAGUCCGGAGCACGAAACUCGAGACCAAACCCGCGAUUACGAAAACCCUCGUUUCUGACGUCAGGAAUUCGUCGCCGAAGUCGCCAUUGGUGGAGAAUGCGACGCAGACGAACUCGUGGAGUUUGAAACUCGUGACCCUGACGAGCUCCUGCGAAGACCAAGGAGGCGGCACCGUCGAAGACAGCGAGGAGACGGAGAGUGCAGACGAUUGCAAGAGCGACACCUUGAACGACGCGAGCAUGAUCACGGAAGAGGUGGCUUCGGAGGUGCUGAAGAGACGGAAGAGUACUGCACAAGAGACUGUUGUCAGUUCUGCUGAGAAGCAGUCUCAGAGGAAUCUUGGAACUGCUGCGUCAUCGAGGAGAGGUUCGACAGUUGGUAAAGAAUCCGAGAAAGAAUCUUUUUCUGAAGAAAGAAUCUCUAAACAUACUGACUGCAGAGAACGAUCAGACGUAUGUUCAACAAGGAAAGAAUCAAAAGAAGCUUCUUCGAGGAGUAGAAAAUCAAAAGAUGCUUCUCUGAAAGGAAAAACUCUAAAAAGUUGUGCUUCGGAUGACAAGAAAUCGGAAAAUUUCUCCAGGAAAAGUUCCAAAAGUUUGGCCUUGAAGCAUUCUGAGAGAAAUACCAGCAUGAAAAAGUCAACCACGGCGAAACUGACCGGCGAUGGAUCUUCCAAGGAAAAUCCAGUAGGCACUGAAGACACAAAAGUGAAUGCGAAGCCAGUUAAGUUGCGAUUACUUGCCAACAAACUAUCAGCGUCAAAAAAGUUUGCCCAAGUCAAAAAGUCCAAGAGCGACCAGGAACUUCCCGCGGAUGCAGCCAAUUCAAAACCAGCAGGUGACAAAGACGAAGAUCAAAACGAUGAACAGGCCACUAACAUCCAAGAAGAUGUUUCGACAGCGAAUCCCGUAGAUGUUCCGAUUCUGCCUGCAGAAGCUCCAUCCUGUCCACCAGAAGAUUCGAAGGAGGAAGGGACGAGGACACGAAAGGACUCGUCCAGGGAGACAGUGUCCACGACGAGCAACGAAAAGGAGACGACCCUCCUUCCGGCAACUUCGGUGUCCACCUCUUCCGGUGCCGAAGGCCUGGAUGACAGCGAGGGGUCAAGCUUCAAGGAAAACGACAACCUGUCUCCUGAGUACAGCAGCCAUUGGACCACGUCCACCGAGACCUCCGAAGUCGAGGUGGACGAAAAUUUCAGGCGAAGAUUCAUUGCCUACAAGAUGUCCUUGCUAAAUGAUGACGAUGGUGUCGACGCUUCGUCUGAAGACGAAACUUCCAUCAGGGGACAGCCCUCGGAGGGGUCUUCCGGGGUGGAAGAUUCAGCCGCCGAUUUUGCGGAAGAACUCGUGGAGCUGGUGUGCAGGAACGACGCGGGAAAACUGAGAGAAUUCCGAGCGGAGGAAAAAGAACGUCUACUGAGAGUGGUUGAUCGACACGGAUGGAACUUGCUGCACAUGGCGGCGGCUAAAGGCUCAGAAAACGUAGUCGAGGUCCUUCUGGAGCUGGGAAUGCCUUUAGAGGAAAGAACCGAUGACGACUUGAGUGCCCUGCAACUCGCCAUCAAAAACAAUCGGGUCGGCUGCUGCAAAGUCCUCUUGGGUCACGGGGCUUCGGUUCGCGCGGAAGACGAACCACCUGCCGGACCCCUGGACCGAUUCCUCCGGAAGUACCGGGAGAACCUCUCGACCGUCUUCAGGCUGGCGGAAGUCUUUGAUCGCAUCGGAGGAAAGAAGUCCUCCAAAGCGGUUCCUGCCGAUGUCCUGAAGAUAUUAGUCAGCAUGACUCUGGCAGAGGAGGAGGAAAGCCAAGCAAGCUUCUAAGGGUUUUCUAAGCACGAAAAGAUCCGUUCAAAUAGACGAAAGGC